AUACAUGGAUAUUGAUACAUACGGUUUAUUCUCUGGAGCGGUAUGUUCCAAUUGCUUUAUACAUUCAGACUAUAUCCGCGUUUAACAUCAUGACUGUCAUUUCCUGUUUACAAAGAUAGCUUAGUAAUUAAAAAGAGAACUUGACAGAACUUGACACAAUCCAGCAACAAUGUCAGGGUGAAAUGGAAUGCAGACUUCAAGACAGGCAUUAUCAACAUUGUGGCAAAAUGAAAGCAAAUUCCUGCUCUUUUGUUCCAGGGUCUAGUGGAAAGCCUUUCUUGAGAGGAACGACGUCCAUGCUUUGUUCAUGGUUUAAAUACAACUAACACAUAGUGAUGUAUUGUUUUAGUACAAACUUCUGGCCAUCUAGUGUAUUUUGGGUUGGAUCUAUCAAUGUAAUGUUUUUUUUUAAAUAUAGGUAUUAAUAUUACAGUGUCUUCAUUAACAACAAGAAACUUUACACACAAAACACUGUCAGUCUUUAUACUCAGGUGUUGAGGGAUCCUGGUUUACAAAUAAGUAGAGACUGAACCAGGCAUGCAGAAUGGCAGCUGUGGGUACUUGGUCUUUUUCACACCCUGCUGUAGAGAGAAUGCGGUGCAUGAUUCUAGCUGGACAGAAUUCCACUGAUGUUGUGGAAACUGCACUUGCAGAUGUUGAGGAUGAUGUGCAAACAGGACGUCACAUAGUUGGGAGAGGAGGCUUCCCCAAUAACAGAGGAAUAGUUGAAUGCGAUGCAGCAAUAAUGGAAGGUGUACCUGGGAAAUUUGGGGCAGUAGCUGCAUUACGAGGAGUAGGGCAGCCAUCCCGGGUAGCACGCAGAGUAUUGGAGAAAAGUCCUCACAGCUUUUUAGUUGGUGAAGGAGCUGAAGCAUUUGCAAGGGAACAGGGCUUCGUCAUUGAGCCCAAUGACAACAUGCUCUCUGACCAUACAGCCACAGCUUAUCAGGAAUUUUUAAAAACAGAAAAGCAUGUCAGUGGCCAUGAUACAAUAGGUCUCAUUGCUCUGGAUCUUCAGGGCAACAUAACCGUUGGUGUUUCCACAUCAGGAAAACCUUUCAAAGCUCCAGGGCGAGUGGGAGACUCUCCACUUCCUGGAUGUGGAAUUUAUGCUGACCACACAGUGGGGGCUGCGGCAGCUUCAGGUGAUGGUGACAAAAUAAUGUGCUACUGCCCUAGCUUUCAGAUUGUUCAGCUGAUGAGGCAGGGUUUAUCUCCUGAAGAAGCCUGUUGUUCUGUUCUCACUGAUAUUAAAAGAAGAGCAGGAGAAGAGAAAUGCUUUGAGAUAGCGCUCAUCGCCUUAAACAUGAAGGGAGAAACUGGUGCUGCUUCUUCAGUGAACUUUCCAUUUACCUUUUGGAAGCAAGGGAUGGAUUCAGUAGAGAGGCAUAUCCUGUCUGAUUAAAUGUACUUUGUUGUUAAUACAUUGUCCUUGAUUAUGCCUUCUUAAGUAUCAGAAUAUUGAAAUGAUAUUUGGAUGUUGUAAUAGUACUUUUUAACCAAUAAUAAUAAAUGUAUAAAAUGAUUUUUUGAUACAUAUUUCGAUAAAUGUAUGUUAUUCUCAUCAGAA